ACAUCAGACAAAGAACUCUACUUUUCAACUACAGCCGUGUGUAUCACAGAAGUUAUAAAGUUAUUGCUAAGUGUGGGAAUUUUAGCUAAAAAGCAAGUAACUACACUCUAGGAUACCCACUGUUAAUCACUGUCAAAACGUGUUAUGUAAAAUGCCAAACAUCUUUUAAGAUCGCAGCAACUAAAUUUGCUGCCUUCAGACAUUCAGGACUGUUGCUAUUGAGAAUGGCAGGCUGCCAGAGUGAUGGUGUUAAGGAAAUGUUCUUCCCCGUCUCCCCUUAAAAACAGUGCCUUGGUAACCUAGCCAAGGAUUUUAUGCCUCCUAGUAGUUCUCGUCAGAUCAGGAGCUGGAAGAAUGAGGCCUACUUUUGACCAAACAUAGGUCAGAAAGGAUUGGUUUCAGCCGUUUGAUAGGAAAUUUAGGGGGGGAGGCGGCCUCAGAAUCUCUGCAAUCAACAUGGAGCUUCAGAAUUUCUUCAGGUAACCAAAGGCUGCACAUAGAUUCUGUUUUAGUGAUAAAAAUCAUACAAAUUGUUCAAGUAGGAAAUUUAAUGGGAAAUACUACAUCUAUGAAAAUUAGUAUAUGCUUUUUGAUUAUACAUGCUCUUUCUCUUACCUAGCAAUGUCAUUUAUAGAAUUAAAUUUAAUAAAUUUGUUUUUAACAAAAGGUACUCAUUAAAGUACUUGGGAUUUGCUUUCUAAGAAAAUAUCAGCACGAAAAUAGAAGGAAAAAAAUGGCCUUUGGUUUUUGUUACUUUUUAUAGUAUACUCAGGCUGUAGUAUAUUUAGAAUUGAUCAUUUCUUUUUUUUCUACUUAAUAGUAAAAGGAUUGAUGAUCACUAGUGUUUUCUGGAAGAUGUAUUGCUGUUACUUUUUUUUUUUUUUUUUAACUAUAGUGAGUAAAGCUAAAUAUAAACUUUCAGAGCUGUAUUAAUACAUAUGUUAAAUUAAGCAGGAUUUAACCUGAUUAAUACUGAAAUCAUUUAUCUUUAAAACUUUCUGUGUACUAAUUCCCACAUAUUCUUUUUUAUCCUCCUAAAUUUCCUUAAUCUACUUUCUGAUCUUUUUUCUCUUAUUCCUGACCUUGUGUUUUUCUGUUAUUCCUGAGCUUGUGUUUUCUUUUACAAGUUCUUUUAGCAUCCUCUGAUAUUUUUUGUAACUUAUUUCAAAAUACCUUAUUUAUAAUUAUAUAAUAUUGAUGUAAUUCUAAGGUACUACAGUGAAACUUGAGUUUUCCAGUAGUUAGCAUUCUGGUAUAGCUUGGCUUCUUUAACAUCCACAUUAGCAAAGGAACCAGAAAAAGAUACUGCAGCUUUCCCAGCAGUGAAGAAGUAGUAGCUCCUAAGCACUGAACAGAAAAGGGUACAGUCAGAAGAGCCAAAGACCUGAAUGUUAAUCCAACACACUGUUCUCUACUGGUUUGUCAGACAUAGGGAAAGGAGUACUCAGAUUGGCUGGUGAUGUCUCAUAGGCCCUUCUUUUUAUGUGAAAGCUGGAAAGUGUGGAAGAGAUAAGGAGAAAAGUGACAGGGAGAAAAGGGACUACAGCAGCCUUUAUUAUUGGUGCAGAUAUGGUUAUUAGAAAAAGCAGUGAGAUCCUUAAGUAGCCAUAUUCCUAUAGGACAAAGGGUACCAGUGAUUAAAAAAGAAAAUCAACUAUAUUCUCUCAUUAGCCAAAAAUUAAUUUGAUACUGUUGAAGGCUGAGUAUCUCUAAUGGGUGAAUUCAAAUAGCAUUGCCCAUAGCAGUAGAUUAGGGAAAGGACAAAUAGCUGGUAUACUAGAGUUUGGGGAAUCUUAUGUGGGAGAUCAGUGGACAUGGAAGGAGGUAGAAUGCGGAAAUGGGUACAAAUGAAUACCUCUCAAGCUCCCUGGGGCAUUAAAAGUAAAGUACAGUGAAAGCAGUGUCCUGUACUUCACAAAAUCUUUAAGAUUUUAAUCUUUGCUCUCAUAUAGUUGCUUACUAGUGAGAAUUAUGACAUUAAGGAAAAUGGUCAGUUAUGUUUUCUAAUACAUCACCUUGCUAAGAUAGUUGGAUCUCUCUGAUUAUUUUAAUCUCUUUUUUCUCUUUAAUUUUUUUCUUCAAUUUUAUACUUGAGGGAAAACGUUCUUUGAAAAAUUCUUUAUACUCUUUAAGACAUUGAGAAAGCAAAUAGGACACCUUAGAUUUGCAUUAAAAGUAAUUAGAAAAAGAAUGUCAAAUGUUUAAAGGGCCCAUCUUCAGAUACCUGGAAACCCCUACUACGUAAAAUUUCUCAGUAGAGUGAUCUUUCUGGUAUUCUUUGCCUCUUCUGGAUAGAGUUUGUAGUCUCCCACCAAGCUGUUUGUGUUACUUUUCAGCAUAUAGACUUACCAUUGGAGCUGGCUGAAUUUGGCAACAGAGCAAGAUCUGUAACUGAGAAGGAUAUUUUUUGUUUCCAUGGCCCAGGCCAAACUUCCUGUCUUUCUAAAACAUUUUCUUGGGGGCUGGAGUGUUGUAGACUGGAUAGGUAUAGGUAGUCAGUUUAACAUUAUGGACCACCGUUAGAACAUUGGUGAUUAUUUUUGUAGGAAAAAAUUCAAUUAAUGACCAUCGAUUCUAAUAUGUUAACUGAAAAUGUAGAGGCUCAUUGUGACUAUCCUAAACUUUCAGUUGAAACAGGUCAACAAAGUAUUAUGGUCUUCUUAAGGAUAUUGUGAAUUGCAGUUAGGAUCCUUUUGAUAAAGUACUUUUUUUUGGUGUUGAUGCUUAUGAUUUACAGUGGGGGAAAUAAGCCAGAUUAUCUAGUUCCUCCUGAGGAAAAAUAAGAAUAGUUAAGGGCAUGCAUAAUCAAUAUGCAGUCAAGUAGUAAACUUUUAAUAUACAUUAUAGUUUUUUUUGUUGGUAUUAAUAAAUUUCUCACAAAAUUAUAGGUAUGUACUUGAGUUUUAUGAGAAUAUGCUUAGAUUUAUUGUCUAAUACACUUUAUAAGCACCGAGCAAAUUUGCAAAUGAUAUUGACCUGAAUCCAUCAAUUCCUAUCCCAAGUAACUUCCAUAGCUACCAAAGCCUUUUUCUUUUGUUUACUAUUAAAUUUUUUUAUACAUUUUUAAAAAAACCUUUAAAAAUGGAUAUGCAGCCUGAGUAAAAAAUAAUCAGGGUGAACUUGAUGUAAUGACAGUUAAAGUGUCAGGGGUUAAGUUUUUAUAGGUAAUAAUCAGUAUUUCUGGUUCCCUGUUGUUUCAUUAUUUAAUAUACUCAAAAACUCCUGGAACUUUGACCACAGGUUGACGAUGGUAAAUCUGAUUGUUUUCAUAUUUUCCCAAGUAGGACUUAUAGUUGUUUUUCUUUUAUGCAUUUGUUGGUGUAUUCCUUUUAAUCUAAAAUUAGUUGAAAAUUAUAAAACAAAGUAAGUUUGCUAAAUUACAUCAAUGGACUUGAUAUAGCUACACUAUGACUGAAGAAUUCUUAUCAAAAGGAUGUUCUUUAAUUUUCCUCAAUUCCUUCUCAUUUCUCCCUUUUGUUUUCAAAGAGAAACUGGUAGUCUGGGCAGAUUCAAGACAUCUUUAAGAGACAAUGUCUUGGGGAGCCCCAAAGAACUGCUGAAGUUAAGUGUGCCAUCGUUAGUGUAUGCUAUUCAGAACAAUAUGGCUUUCCUAGCUCUUAGCAACCUGGAUGCAGCAGUGUACCAGGUGACCUACCAAUUGAAGAUUCCCUGUACUGCUUUAUGUACCGUUUUAAUGUUAAACCGGACACUCAGCAAAUUACAGUGGAUUUCAGUUUUUAUGCUGUGUGGUGGAGUCACACUUGUACAGUGGAAACCAGCCCAAGCUACUAAAGUCAUGGUGGAACAGAAUCCAUUGUUAGGGUUUGGAGCUAUAGCUAUUGCUGUAUUGUGCUCAGGAUUUGCAGGAGUGUACUUUGAAAAAGUUUUAAAGAGUUCAGACACUUCCCUUUGGGUGAGAAACAUUCAAAUGUAUCUAUCAGGGAUUGUUGUGACAUUAGUUGGCGUCUACUUGUCAGAUGGAGCUGAAAUUAAAGAAAAAGGAUUUUUCUAUGGUUACACAUAUUAUGUCUGGUUUGUCAUCUUUCUUGCAAGUGUUGGAGGCCUCUACACUUCUGUUGUGGUCAAGUACACAGACAAUAUCAUGAAAGGCUUUUCUGCAGCAGCAGCCAUUGUCCUUUCCACCAUUGCUUCAGUGCUGCUGUUUGGAUUACAGAUAACACUCACCUUUGCUCUGGGUGCUCUUCUUGUAUGUGUUUCUAUAUAUUUCUAUGGAUUACCCAGACAAGACACUACAUCCAUCCAACAAGGAGAAACGGCUUCAAAAGAGAGAGUCAGUGGUGUGUGAUUUCAGCCUCAAUCGCGAUUCCACUAAGAUUAAACCAUUUGCAUUAAACUAGAGCCUUAAAUCAAUCCCAGAAGAUAGCUUAAACAAACAAGAAUAACAAAUUAACUGUGUGGCAUUUAAAGAAUUAAGAAGAAAGCUAUCUUGAAUGGAUUGCUACAAAGAUUUAAUGUGACCUGGUUGGGGUCAACCCAUUUUUGUUUUAGAAUGAAGGGAUUUUUUUUAUUGUAUAUAGAAUGUAUAUAAAAGUAUGGAGAUGAUAUGUUGGUAAAAAAUCACAUGAGGCUAUAAUAUUCAAGUAUCAAGGUUUGGGACAAUGUUAAAGUGCCAAAGCCAUUUCUGUACUAACUGCUCUCUUGUUCAGGUACCAGGGGAGAAGGACGACCCCUCCUUGUUCCCCAAUUCAUGUACGUAUUUUGUCCCAACAGCAGUAAAGACCUAGAUCUUUUCUUAUGCGAGACAAAAACAAGACAGGCUAGUCAGAAAUAAAUUGAAUGUGCAUCUUAUUCAAACUGAAUAUUUCAUAACCCAGACAAUGAUUCCUGGGUGGUGGGUGGUGACUGAGUACUCCUUUUAAGUGCUGUGUUUGUGCCAUUCAUUGUCUGGAUUCAUGUUUCUUUGCUGUUAGAUGAUGUACUUUUCUUCAAAAAAUAUUUCUAAUGUCACUUUUGUACUUUUUUUAUAAAGUAUGUUUAGCUGUGGGGCUCUCAAUAAUUUAUGAAAUUCUGUGUUUUUAAAAAAUUUCUAUGUUAAUAGGGAAAUUCAGCAAUAAACUUCAUAUGAAAUUUGUUUGAUCA